GAGAAAGUUUACCAACAUUUUGAGUUUCAAUGCCUGUGAAGUUGUUGCAAUUCAGGCACCUCACUUUGGUUAUCUGGCUCUUCAGGCUGGUAUCCAGUACUGUCUGAAGGGCACACGUUGUUUUGGUGUGGUGUCACCUUGCUUCAUGCUGACAAGAUGUUGAAUUCGUCGUAGGCUAAGCCCAUAUACAGUUUGCUUCUACACAAACACAUUCUUCUCUAAAAAUGUAGACUUUUAUGGAGAAAGCUGGGUUUACACAGUCUAUAGGAAGUCUGGGGACAUUCUGAAAAAAUGGUUCACCAAGGCUUGGGGGUUCAGCACAGCUGCCCUGUCCCAUGGGCACAGGGCUGUGUCCCCCAAGUGGAGCUGUACUCGUGGGUAGCAUGUUUACUGAGUAGUCUGAAAAGAUUUUCCUGGCAGGUGUGUGUGUGUGCUUCAGCUAGCUCUGUCACCAGUGAGCUGUCACCAGCCUCCAUAGCUCUGGCUUCAGGUGCUUCUGCUGGAGCACUAAAGGCACAGGAAGGGAACUGUCCUGAAGGAUCCUGCAGCCCUGCCAGAGGAGCAGUGGUUGGUGGCAAAUGUUCCCACCUCCAAACAGCCUUGGUGGGGACAGGUAGGUUAUACUCUAGGCCCCUGAGAGCUGUAGAGACUCAAGAUUUGGCAGGCAAUUCAAAAACUGUUGCGUCCUGCUUGUCAGGCUCUUAAAACAGGAUUUGAAGAAUCUAUAAACCCUGUUUAUCUCCAUGUGCCAAUGGUUUUUGACCAGGCAUUAUCUGGAAGAAGAACUAGAAGAAGGAAUGGAGAGCAGCGUGGAAGUGGUAUCAAAAGUGCAGUUUCCAGAGGCCCAGAAGUUACACCAGAAAGAAAAUACUGUUAAUUAUUGUCAAACUGAACUCUAGUAAAAGACCUGGAUGUUUUUUUUCAGUGCUAGUGAAGUCAUACUUCCACUUCUUUUGGUUGCAGUUCUUCAGUAUGUAAGGUUCUUGAUUUUUAGGAGGAUUUUUAUGCUGUGGGUUUUACUAUGAAAAGCUGAAGUCAGGCAGUGCAUGGUGGAGGAGAAGACUGCAUUUUUCAUAAGAUGGUUUUCCUUUUUCUUUGAGAAAAAGGGAAAUGUUUUCCUGCUUUCUAUAUAUGAUAUAUAAAUUCUCUAUAUAUUUUUCUAUAAGUGAUUAGAAAGUUUGCAUCCUCUUACUAUCAAUUACACAAAUAUUUUCAGUCAGUUUUGUCCUCAAACUGAAUUGGAUGUGCAUGUGCCAGGAGAAAUGAGUCAAAUUUAAAGAAAUAGCAUCCUGUUCUUCCCUGUUGUAGUCCGAUCAAAAGACACAUUGAGGGGAAUAGUGAAGUCCAAAUCAAGAAAAGGUGUUACAUUUCCUUCCAGUGCCUGAAGGGAGCCUACAAGAAAGAUGGGAGAGAUACUUUUUAAACGGGCUUGGAGGGACAGGACACAGAGGAAUGCCUUCAAACUGGAAGACAGUAGAUUUAGAUUAGAUAUUAGGAAGAAAUUCUUCCCCAUGAGUGUGAUGAGGCCCUGGCACAGGGUGCCCAGAGCAGCUGUGGCUGCCCCUGGAUCCCUGGCAGUGCCCAAGGCCAGGCUGGACAGGGCUGGGAGCAGCCUGGGACAGUGGGAGGUGUCCCUGCCAUGGCAGGGGUGGAAUGAGAUUCAAGGUCCUGUCUGACCCAACCCAUUCUAUGACUCCAUAGUUGUGAUUCAGAAAAUACCCCUCAGACACAAAAAUUGUAGAAUGAGUUUAACAGAGAAAUUGCAUCAGAAUUAAAGGUAUCUUCAAAAUAAAAUGACUGAUUAAUUUUUUUUUUUUUGAUAGGCAGUUCUUGCAGAAAACAGGCCAGGCCUUGGGACUGUGCUUGAAGAGAAGCUUUAUAAUACUUGGGCCAGACACUUAAAUUUUAUGCUUUUUCCCUAGUUUCCUAAGGUGGCAUUUCCUGUGCACUGUUCUGAUUGUCUCAAUGGGCAUUUCAUUCCCAUUUCCUUCUUCUGAGCCUGCACAGUCUGUUUGACUUCAGAGCUUGUGUUUGGGCUGUUGGUUGUUACCAGCUAAGAAUGAGCAACAUGUAUUGGAGGGUGGUGCAGCUCAUAUUUCUGUAUGAGGAUGGCUCGCUCUCUGUAUGAGUGGCUGUGGCAGCACGAGUUCUGGCUGCCCCCAGGAAUCACCUGGGAGGACAUGCAAGAAUCUGAAGACACUCAUUAUCCUCAGCCUCGUCAUCUCCUGCUCAGUAUCCCCUUUGCUUUAAUCUUGGUAGUCAUUCGAUGUGCCUUUGAAAGAGCCAUAGCCCUGCCCCUCAGUACCAAAUUGGGUGUGAGAGACAAGCAGAGACCAAAAGCUCAGCCCAACCCCGUGCUGGAAACAUUCUAUAGUACGCGCUGCAAGAACCCUAAAGAGGGUGAGCUGCUCAGUUUAGCCAAGCAAUGUGACCUGCCAGUGAGGAAGGUGGAGAAGUGGUUCCGGCACCGGAGGAACAUGGACCGGCCCAGCCUGUCCAAGAAGUUCAGCGAGGCCUGCUGGAGAUUUACAUUUUACAUCAUUUCUUUCUUCACUGGACUCGCUGUCCUGUAUGAUAAGCCUUGGCUUUGGGACCAUAGAGAGUGCUGGACAGGAUAUCCACAACAGCCUCUCCAACCCUCCCUGUUCUGGUAUUACAUGCUGGAGCUCUCCUUCUACUGGUCACUGGUCUUCACCUUGCCCUUUGACGUGAAGAGGAAGGAUUUCAAGGAGCAGAUAGUCCAUCAUGCUGCAACCAUCUUCCUGAUCAGUUUUUCAUACUGUGCCAACUACAUCCGCAUUGGGACACUGGUGAUGGUGAUUCAUGAUGCUUCUGAUUGCUUCCUAGAGCCAACUAAGAUAUUCAAUUACAUGAAGUGGAAAAAAACUUGUGACAGCCUCUUUAUGAUCUUCUCAGCUGUUUUCCUGAUCAGCCGCCUGGUCAUUUACCCCUACACAGUGCUUUAUAACACCUACUAUUACUCCAUGGAGAUAUUCCAACCCUUCUUUGGAUACUACUUUGUGAAUGUUCUCCUGCUAAUUCUGCAGCUGCUCCAUAUCUUCUGGUCCUGCCUAAUUAUUCACAUGGUCUACAAGUUCAUCCUCCAGGGCACGAUGGAAAAGGACAUGAGAAGUGACACAGAAGAAAGUGACAAGGAUGAAGAAAGAGAUAAAAUUAGAGAAAAGGAGAAAAAUGGGAUCACGUGUUUCAGCAAUGUCACAAGCAACGGUUACAUCCAGAGGAAUGGAUCUGAGCCCCUGGACAACAGAGCCCAUCAUGCCAAUGGCCAUGCCAAGGAGAGAUAGCUGCUGUCCUGUGCUGCUGGCCUGGCCUCCAGCAACCCCAGGCCACCAUCUGUAGAAACAGUUUUGCUCACUGUGUAGAUAAACUGGAGUGCAAUUGCAGUAUUGUAGCUUAAUUCCUGCUUCCCAUAAACCAAAGUGUUUAUAGUCAAUGAAUAUUUGAAGGAAGUUUUUUGUCUUCCUUCAGUAAAAGCUUACUAUAGGUAGCCUCAAAACAGAUAGUAAGGGAUCAAAGUGGUUUGACUUGUAUUAAGACUGUACCAUAAUUGUUGUCAAGUGUGUUAAUCUUGAAAAAUACUUUAAAAAUAAGAAGGUGGAUUAACUCCUGCAGCGUCAAGUUUUACCCACCUGAUGUUUGAUAGGAAUCUGUUUAGCCUGGAUCAGCCUCUGGAUUAUUAUUAUGGCUGACAAGUGACAAAUCUUACCACUGGGUAAGAUUUGUUCUGAGAAAACAAGUGCCCUGUAUACACUUACAAAAUAAAAACUGAGCAUAGUGAAAUGAAAGUUUUUGGAAAGGCAUAAGAUAAAACAUGUUCUUCUCAAAGGAAGUACUCUUUGUGCCAGUAACCAGUUUUGUAAUGGUAUGGAUCUCAGUCCCUACUUAUUGCCCCUAAGGAGGGAACUCCAAAGCCCAGGCUGGAGAGUCCCCACACAAAUCACAUUGGAAGAGCUGGGAGAUCCAGUCAGCUGUUUCUCAACACUUAGGUGUUGGACUCGUUGAUUCUUGUGGGUCUCUUCCAACACAUAAUAUUCUGUAAUUCUGUGAUAAUUGGAAGUUGGAAGCACAUGUUCUGUACGCUGCGAUUUGAGUGUAUGAUCUCACCUCUCUGCAGGUGCUGUGCUCAGGAGGGAUAUUGAAAUGACUCAUCAUUUUGUACUACUGAAUGUAAAUGUUCUUUAUAAAUUACUUUUAAAGGUUUGA